AUCAAUCCAAUGAGUAUCAGUCAGAUUGAAUAUUAUUAUUCCAAGUUCACCAGUUAUUUUUAUUUCAAACUGACCUCAACUCAAAUAUAAUAAACAACACUAGAUAAUGUCUUCCGAGAGUGGAGAAGUAGACGUAAUGCACGGCUUAAAAAAUGUACUGGCUCAAAUUGAAAUAGCUGUAAACAGAAGAAGUAAGGAUUUACCCAAAGUUACCCCGAGGUUAGUGGCUGUCUCAAAAAUCAAACCAGCCUCUUUAGUUAUACAGGCGUAUGAAGCUGGUCAGAGAGAUUUUGGGGAAAAUUAUGUCAAUGAGUUGAAUGAAAAAUCAAAUAAUCCAGAACUCUUAGAAAAAUGCAAAGAUAUCAGGUGGCAUUUCAUUGGACACCUGCAGACAAAUAAAAUUAAUUCACUUUUAAAAUCUCCAGGGUUGUAUAUGGUACAAACUGUUCAUUCAGAAAAACUAGCUGAUAAUUUGAAUAAACAAUGGGCUAAAUUCAGGAAAGAAGAAGAAAAACUUAAAGUUAUGGUACAAAUCAAUACAAGUGGUGAAGAAGCCAAAAGUGGUGUAGAACCAUCUGAAGCAAAAAUCCUUGUAGAAUAUGUCCUGAAAAACUGCCCCAAUCUGGACUUUCAGGGCCUAAUGACCAUAGGCCAGUAUGACUAUGAUGUGUCCAAAGGCCCUAAUCCUGACUUUAUAUGCCUAGCCAAAUGUAGGCAGGAAGUCUGUGAAAAAUUGAACUUGGAUGUUAACAAUGUUGAGCUAUCAAUGGGAAUGUCUACUGAUUAUGUUCAUGCUAUUGAAUUAGGAGCUACGACAGUUCGAGUAGGAUCUGUGAUCUUUGGAGCACGUCCACCAAAAAAUAAGUGAUCAGUGUGUUUAAAUAACAUUUGUACCAUUAUAAGUUACUCACAAUUAUAAGUAAUAUUGUUAGGUAACAAAUACAUGUAGAUUUUAAUAUAUUGUAAAUCUAUGUAUUGAUUCAUUAUAUCUGACGAUUAAAUGAAGUUACAUAUGUCGUGAUGUUGGGCACCAGA